AUGAAGCACCGACCACGAAUGAGUACAAGAAGAAAGAUGCGUCUGAUCGCGGCGUCGACGAUUCACCCGCAGGGCCUGGACAACCUGCUUCUGGCGGCAUUUGACUUGGAACAACAACAGGAAGCACUCAAUCCGAAGGGCCAAGAGCACGCGAAGGAACCAUCCACCGAGAAGUUCAAUGAACUCGUGAAGCUGCGCGACCAAAUGGACAGUUAG